AUGAAAGGCAGGUCAAACUCUCUAGUGGCGGCGGGGCUCCUCAUCCUUGGUGGGUUGGAUGGCAUUUUCGCAGCAAAACCAUCUCCUGCCUGUGGCAGCGCUUCGAAGUUGGUCACGAGCGGCAGCGUCAACACGCCUCUGACGAUGACAGUCAAUGGCAAGAGCCGCAACUACUUCGUAAAGCUCCCUGAUAACUACGACAGUAGCCACCCCUAUCGCCUGAUCUACACCCUACACGCACUUGGAGGCACUGCAAGUCAAGUCAUCGCAGGCACGAAUGGCUAUCUCCCUUGGUACGGCAUCCCACCGCUAGCAAAUGACAACAUCAGUGCUAUAUACGUGGCGCCAAAUGGCCUCGAUAAUGGCUGGGCCAACAACGGUGGCGAGGAUAUCACCUUUAUCAGUCAGAUCAAUGAUGUCCUUGACCAUGACCUUUGCAUCGACCGGGAUCUACGCUUCUCGACUGGCUUUAGCUAUGGUGGUGCUAUGUCUUACGCUAUUGCCUGCGCUCUUGCAAAGGAUUUCCGUGCCGUGGCUGCUCUGUCCGGAAACCCUCAGAUCAGUGGCUGCGCUGGCGGCAACGAUCCGAUUGCGUACUAUGGCCAGCAUGGCGUAAGCGACAACGUGCUACCCAUCACGGCUGCUCAUCAGAUGAGGGACCGCUUUGUAAAGAACAACGGGUGUACAGGGCCGCAGAACGCCCCGGAACCCGCAGCAGGCAGUGGAACGCACAUCAAGACCAAGUACACGGGCUGCCAGGCGGAUUAUCCCGUAGUAUGGGUUGCAUUUGACGGACCUCAUACUCCAACACCAAUGGAUAAAGGUGCUUCCCAGACCUUUUCGAACACAGAGACGUGGGAGUUCUUCUCACAAUUUACCUGA